UGAUUUUUAUAAUUGACUGUCAAUUUUCAGUUUCUCUCUAAGACUUAGUAGUUUCCCACUCUUAAGUCAAUUUUAUGCUCCUUAUAAUGAGAAAGGAAGCAUCAUUUGGUCUAUUCUCCAUGCAUGAGAAAAAGAGGUUAUAAUUAGAAAACUGCACAAAGUUGCCUGCUCAACAUGGGUCGUCUCAUUCUUCUCAGCAAAUUCAGCCUUCUCUUCCUCUUUUCAGCAUCUCUCAUUUUAUCAACUUGUCUGGCAGGCCGACAGUCCAAGUUCUUCAAUGAGUUGGAUACAGAAGCUGAAGCAAUUAAGGAGGGAUUUGAUUUGUUGUUGCCACAGCAACCAUCUCGCAACAAUGAAGAGGACACCAUCCAUGAAAGGCUUCUCAAGGUUAACACCAAAGACUAUGGAAGAUAUGAUCCAUCACCAGCUUUUGUUAAGCCUCCUUUCAAACUCAUACCCAACUGAUCGAUGCUUUAGCCUUCCAGAUUGGCAGUCUGAGUGGAAGUACCUAAAUAAAUGAAGCAAACUUCUAUAUUAUAUUAUAUGGCAUAUAUCUAAAAAAAAAUACCUAAGUUUUGAACCCUCAUAUGUGUUAUAUAUAUGUAGCUUCUUUAGAAGAAUGUGUGUGUCAAAUUUAGUUAUGCUGCAUGUGUAUACUAAAUAGUGAACUACAUAAAGUGCAUUGUGUUGAUCAGUCUAUCUGUAAUAUAUAAUGAGGUUAUAGUUA